AUGGAAGGGGUCAUUCCAGAGUCAUAUAAAACUCAGUCUCCAAAGUCAUAUUUGUAUACUACGAUUGCCAAAAAUCAUUUGGGAGAGGUUGCAGCCAUUGUUAUCUCGUGUUUGAUCUCUCAUGGAAGAUUAACUUCUAGAGAAAUUGGUCAUAAAACAAAACUUCCUAUAAAAGUUGUCAAGUCAGCUUUAGUUUCAUUGGUUCAAUUACAAUGUGUAUAUUAUUGGAAAGAUGAUAAUUCUUCACAACUGCAUUACAAUUUCAAUGAAAACGGGAUUUUAAACUUUUUACAUAGUGGUGAAAUCAUCAAUCAUAUAAAAACUAUUUAUGGUGAUGACUAUGCUGAGAUAAUUCAAAAUGUUUUAGUUAAUGGACAUAUCAAAAUAUCAGAUUACAUGAAGAAUAUUGAAGAUGAGCAAACGAAAUUGGAUACAGAAACUAUCUUCUUGAGAUUAUUCACUGAUAAAUGGUUGGCAAGAUUACAAUUAUUUGAUUUUCAUCCUUUUGCUGAUAUUUGGAAUAACAUAUUUCAAGACAUAUUGAAAAAGACUCCAAGAUCUGCCACUACAUCUGAAAUCAAACGUGUGACUGAAGCCAAAGAAAAAACAAAGGUUGCAUUUACAAAUUUGUUAGAAGGGGGGCAAACUGCCAAAGAAUUAUAUAUCACAACUGAUGGAUAUAAACGAUUGAACCCUAAUUUAAUUGUCAGAUUCAAUUUAUCAAGAUUUAAGAAGCAUAUAAGAUCAGAAGCAUUAGCUAAUUUAGCCAAAUCUCGUGUUGGUGUAUUAUCAGCCAAGAUAUAUGAAAUUGCCUUAGGUUUAGUGGAACAAGAAAGUCCUGAUAUCAAACAUCCAUUUUUACAGAUUAGUGGAUUAAUUAAUGAUCCAGAUGAAGAGAAAUUCUUUAUUAAUUCAAUUGAAAAUAAAUUAGUGGAAGAUAAAAAGAUCGUUUUCACUGUAAGAGAACUUCAGCGUUCAUUGCCAGCUGAUUUAGAUCUUAGAAAUUCUAUAUUAACUCAUAAUUUCCUUAAACCCAAUCUUUCUAAAAAGAGAGUAGCAACUAAUGAAUCUCCAGAAUCUCCUAAUAAAAAGAUCAAACUUGAAAAUGGUGAUGAUGAUGAUGAUGACUUAAUAGCUAUCUUCAAUGCUAAGAAUAGUGAAACAAUUGAAGAUGAUAACUCUGAUUUCCAUUCCAUAUCAUUAAUCCAACAUCAUCUUAAAUUAUUAUCAAAUGGAUCCAGCAUCCAAUUCUUAAUUGAAACUACUCCUGGUACAUUCACCAUACCCUAUACUGCAUUAAUCAAGUCAUUACAACAAUAUAAUUUUGAAACUUUGAUAAAAACCACUUUGGGAGUUAAUUCAUUCCGAGUUUUAAGAUGUCUUAAAUCACAAAAGAUUGGUGAUGAAAAAUCAUUAGCCAAUGCUGUAUUAUUAAAAGAGAAAACAGUUAGAAAUGAAGUUUAUAAAUUAUUUAAAGCUAAUUUGGUUGAAAUUCAAGAAGUUCCAAGAAGUGCUGAUAGAGCUGCUUCUAAAACUUUCUUUUUAUUCAGACAUAAAGAAAUUGUUAGUUAUAAUUUUCUUAACAAUGCUUUAAUAUUUUCUAUGGCUGAAAUUCUAACUAAUAUUCAAAAUUUCAAAGAGGAUCAUAAGAUUUUAUUGGAAAAAUGUGAAAGAGAAGAUGUUAAAGGUCAUGAAGAUGAAUUAUUAUUGGAAUCUGAAUUGAAAACUUUAAAGAAUUUGCAAACAAGGGAAAUUCAAAAUAUUGGAAGAUUUUAUAGGAUAAAAUCAUUAUUUGAAAUUUAUUCUUUAUAG